GAUUAUUUAAAUAAUUAGAUGUCUAAUCAUCCAUAUAGUAAUGCACCCCCUAAUCAACCUUUAGCUGCUACUUAAGCACCUAAAUUUGGUUAACCAACAUUGUAAUAAACAGUUCCAUAGGUAAGAUUCUAUUAAAAUUAUUAGUAUGGUAUUCCAUUGUAAUAAUCUCCAAUUCGAUAAUCAUAUAUCUAACCUGUUCAAUAUUCACCAGUUUAACAACCAGUCCAAUAUGUUUAACAACCAGUCCAAUAUGUUCAACAACCAGUAUAGUAUGUUCAAUAACCAGUUUAACAAGUUUAGGUAUAACAAGUACAAGUACUAUAAAUUUUGUUAUUUUAGCAUCAAUCAAUAAAAGGAGAGUCAAGAAUUGAAUAUGUUCCCUAUUAGAAGGCAGUAGUUGAAUAUGAAGAAUAAGAAGUGGUUUAAUAUGUUCCAAGAGAAAGAAAGGUGACAGAUUAUUAUGCAGUUGAAUACUAAACUGAAUAUGUCCCUCAAGUGUUCUAGGAGAAGUACACAGGUAAAAUAAAAUUGUGAAUAAUGAAUAGAAUAUGUUCCUGUAGAUAGAUAUUAAGAAAGAGUAGAAUAUUAUCCAGUUGAAAGAUAAGUGGUUCAUCAAUAAGUUUAACCAGUUUAAUAAGUGUAAUAAGUAUAAGUUGUUCAACAACCAGUUCAAGUUGUCUAAUAAUCAGUUUAUCAAUAAUAACCAGUUUAGUAUAUUUAAUAGCCUGUUACUUAUGCAUAACCCUUAGUUGCUUCGAGAGUAGUUCCUUAAAAUAUUGGAUCUACUUAUCCUACUUAUGCACCAUCUUAUGUUUAACAAUUCUAACCAUAAUAACUUCCACCAAAACCAUAAUAAUAGGCUCCAAGAUCUAAUGCUGCCCAACAAUGAACCAUAUUCAUAAAAUCAAAAUUUAAG